AUGGCGCCAGUUUCAGAGGCGACACCGGAGCAGCUCGUGGACACGAUCCUUUUUGUGGAUGUGGACGGUGUCCUGAACGUCGGCAUUUACGACCGCUGUGAUGUGCCGAUCCUGCUGAAGUGUAGCGAGCUGUCCUUGGCAAGGGACAUCGUGGCCAUGGACUAUAGAGGCUUCGACUCCGCGACAGCCUACAAGAUUUGCGCACUCGCAGCUACCCCUGCAGAUCGCGAAGCAUGUACUACCUUCGAAGCCUUGGCCAGUCAAGACCAGCUGUCGAAGGUCCUCGUCGGACGUCUCGCCGAGCUCAUCGAGAGCGCUGGCUCGGGAUGUCAUGUGGUGCUGUCCUCCAGUUGGCGCAAGCGGCAGCACACAAAACGCCGUCACAAGCUGGAAGAAGAUUUGGGAGCUUCCUUAGGCCGGUCUUUUUCAUUUGAUGCCUUCACCCAACUCGCACCGGAGCUACAUGCCGGUGACCGUGUCCAAGUAAUCAGGAGCUACUUACAGGAGUUUGGACAGGAGUCCCGAGUUGCAGCGGAGCUCAAGAUUAUCGUCGUGGACGAUUUCUUCCUGUCGCCCUUGUCAAAGGUCGAUCCAUUCGUUUGCGGAAGUCAUCGCCUUUGCUGCUUGGAUGAGGCCGAAGACUACCUGUUGGAGCCCCUGGAUGCUUUGGGCAUCGAUGCUUCGUGCAAAAUCUUGCAUUGCUACGAUGAGGUGGUCACCAACAGUGGUCUCGUUCUUCAGGUGGGCACAGGACUCUCUAGCGACCUUCUCAAGGAGGCCAAACAGUUUCUGCUCCCGCCCAGCGAGAGCAGCGAGAGCAGCCCGCAGAAAUUCGAACGUCUUGGUUCCGGCCAUUUUGAUGGCGAGGAGGAUGAGGAGUGGAUGGAGAAGAGCUUCUUCCAGCUAUGGGCGACUUUUGCCUAG